UGCUUCUGCUAAGGUCUGUGCACGCCACUGAGCUAGAGUGUUAUAGAAGCUAGCACAGAAGAAAGAGACAAGAAAAGUAAUGAAGACAGCUUCAUUGAACAGCUUCACUGAUUAUACUAGGAGCGAUCCAAUAUUCCUGAUCUUUAUGCUGACUAAAUAAUUGAAUGAAUAACCGUCUACAUAUUGUAUGGACAUUAUACAUCUAUGAAAAUAUCUUCAUUUGUUCAGCACAAAAAAAGAAAGUCAUACAAGUUUGAAAUGGCAUGAGGGCGGACCCCACCAUGCUGGCCAUUCUGUUUGGAACGGUAGUCUUGCAUCUGACAGAUCUUAUUAUUCUCUUCAUUUCCACAUGUGCAAAUGCCUGGAGAACACACGGAGACAGAAGUUAUGACCUCUGGUAUGACUGCACACAUACCAAUGGAGGCUAUCGAUGCCUUGGGACUGCUGAUGCUGAUUGGCUGCAAGCAGUGCAGGCUCUCAUGGUCCUUGCCACCAUCUUCUGCCUCAUCUCCUUCAUCUUCUUCCUCUGCCAACUCUUCACCCUUGUAAAGGGAGGUCGCUUCUUUUUCACGGCUGCCUUCCAGGUCCUCGCCAGUCUGUUUGUGAUGAGCGGGGCCAUCAUCUACACGGUGAUGAGUCCAGGGUGGAAAAAUGAAAGUGAAACUUAUGGAUACGCCUUCGUGCUGGCCUGGCUGGCCUUUCCUCUGACACUCAUCAGUGGCUUCAUUUACAUUAUCCUGAGGAAGAAAGAAUGAAAGUAUAUCCUUCAGGGAUUUUUCUGGAAUUGAGAACGUUAACUCAGCCUACAGACUCAGACCAAAUGGCCAUCUCCUCCAGGCCUGACUAUUUAGACCAAUGUGAUCAAAGAAAGUGAGAAUUCAUGAAGACUCAGUACAGCGAAGACAGUGUGCAUGACACUAAUGGGUGUCUUUGGCUGGUGAGCCUAUUUAUAUCACUUUUACAUAGCUUUUUUUUUUUUUUUUUGUAAAUAGUAAUGCUAUGACAUGUCAAUACAGGCCCUGACUUUUUAAGAUUUUACUGAAGGUGGAGAGAUAUAGGAAACAUAUCAAUCUUUUAUUUUAUUUUAUUUUUAUUGUAUCAUAACCCUUUACAGUUAUCACAUUUUUUAAAAUGUCAUAAUAUAGUGUAUUCUCAAAGGGAACUUGUUGAUGUUGACUUGAAAUGUUUUCUUAUAGCCAUAUAAUUAAACAAAGAGUUUUGUUGUGUUGCCUUUGAAUUCAUGUAAAUGGUGCUAUGUAUUUACCAUCACUGAAUUUCAUUGCUAGAAAUACCUAUAGGCUCAAAUUCUGUGUAAAAACAUUUUACAGUGUGUAUUUUACCUGUGAUUAUAUUACUUUAUGGGACAUACUUUUUCUGUAUUAUUGUUUGUUUGAAGAAAAACUAAAUAUAUUAUUUUUUUCGUUG